AUGCAACGAACUUCUGAGUCUCGAAAGAAAUCUCUUAAAAAACCAUCGACAACAUCUCAAACAAUUCCUAUACCUCCAUCAAAUCCUAUAAUUCCAACACCUGAUCAUCCAGGUUGUUGGCGUAUAAUUCAAAAUGAAAUAACUAUACCCUCUCAAAUUACAACAAUACAACAAAAUCAACCAUCAAUAAACUAUCGUAACAGUAUUUUUUCAAUACAUGAUCGUAAUUAUACAAGAUUAUCAUUUCAAAAUUAUAAUAAACGAAUAGAACCAUUAAUGAUUAAAUAUGGUCUUAAACAAGAAAUAAAUAAUUUAGAAGAUGGUGAAAUUGAUGGAAGUGAUAAUGAUGAAAAUGAAAAAAUAACUAUAAAUGAAGAUAUUGAAAUAAAACAUGUUACAACAUUAGUAAAAACAAUAAGAAAAAAAUUUAAUAAAAAAUCUUUUUCUCGUAUACAAUUUGAUAAUAAUAAUAAAACACGUAUUACUAAACGACGACGAAGAACACAUCAUCGAAAUUCAACAAAUUAA